AUCCCACAAUUUCCAUCUUCCAGCCAAAUGCCUGUCGACUGGCUUCCUAAUUUCAGCCCUAUGAUGCUUCUGCAUGGCGAGCAGUACUUGGCGAUCAAAAAGUUUCCAAUUCCGACGUCUGGUACAUUCGUAAAUCAAACAAGGCUGAUGGAAGCAACUGACAAAGGAAAGGCGGCUGCUGUAGUUACUAUCACCCAUACGUAUGACAAGGAAUCAGGUGAAUUAUUGUUUGAAAAUCAAGGUACAGUAUUCAUCCGUGGAUCUGGUGGAUUUGGAGGAAAGAAAACCUCGAGUGAUCGAGGCGCAGCAUCGGCUCCCAAUAAGCCACCCAACCGAAAACCAGAUGCAGUCAUCACCGAAAAGACGGAAGCAAGACAAGCUGCCUUAUAUCGUUUGAACGGCGACUUCAAUCCGUUACACAUUGACCCUUCGUUUUCUGCGGUCGGUGGAUUCGAGAACCCAAUCUUGCACGGGCUCUGUUUCUUUGGUAUUUCGGGUAAACAUGUAUACGAAAAGUUUGGACCCUUCAAGGACAUCAAGGUCCGAUUUGUAGGCUCGGUGUAUCCUGGCGAGACUAUUGAAACAAAUAUGUGGAAAGAGGAAAACAAAGUAAUCUUUGUGACCAAAUGCAAGGAGAGGGACACUGUUGUCUUAGGCAGCGCUGCCGCCACUUUGGCCUGAUCAACAAAAAACAAUCCCAAUCAUCCAAUUCGUCUACAGAAAGCAACCAAACCCGCGCAUCAUUAGCUAUUUAUAAGCUCAUCUCAAAACAACAAAAAAAUUCCAUCUAGACCACUCAGCAAACGUUUCUCUUUCAUCGUUCUGUCGUUUGGUUACUCUUUCUGUUUUUGUCAAAAAUGUAGAACAAAUCAUAAAUACUCACUGUAGACUACUGACCUUUUAUGAGAAUGUAAUUACUUAACCCCUCAGA